GAACAUGGGGGAUUAUUAUUUUUAAACUUUGCUUUAUUUAUAUGGUGACUUUAAUUCACAUUGCUUCUCAAAACUGGAAGUAAGCAGAAGACUGCUAUUGGAAUUCUCUUCAGUUAAGCUGGCACCAGAAAGAUCUAUAUGAUCUCAAGGAAAGGGGACAAAUCCAAAGUUUGUGUUUGUUCCUUCCCUCUGCUUCUCCAGAGUUCCAUCAUUUACCAAUGGCUGGAGGAACCCAUAUAAGAAUAUUAUUGGAGGGAGGUGGAAACAUGACCUCCAAAUGCCCACAGGAAGUGGGCUCCUAGGACUUAGAGCAGCAAUAUCAAAUUGGUUUGUGAAACUAUGGAUUUAACUUGGGAUCCUGCCGUUGUGUGGACCUGCCCAAAAUUUACAAGUACAGUUUUUUGUGUAGUGGUAGUGGGUAAUUCUGACUUUCAUUCAGUAGUUCCCCAGUACAGCCUGUCUUGUUUCUCUCUAUAAUGCUCUCCUUGGUGCCCAGCAAAGUGUUUCAUCGCAAAAAGUAUCAAGGUGUGUCUUUGGCUUUCCCCCUGGAGCAAUAAUGAUGUUGUCAAGCAUUUCAAGACCUGCCCAAAGGUUUUGGGUGGAGGAACACACUUGGUUAAGCAGCAUCUUCAGUGCUCUGAUCUGAGGAAGUCAGAGACUCCUCCAAAGCCUGGGUGAAAGAACAUCUACGCAGUGUCUUUUUACAGGCACUGUCACAAGGGGUGGGGGGGAAGGGCACAGCCACCUGGAGUGUUAUCGUCCCUUUCUUGGACCUAAGAGACAACAGAUGCAAUGGAUUGGCUUACUUACAGAGCAGCUGCUGUGCUCUUCAUUUUAACGGUAUCCUUGGAGUUCAGCACUGCUGCUUUUCAUGUUCAGGUGAAAGAAUGGGAUGAAAAAGGCAUGGAGAGAUGGAAAAGCCACCACAGGCAGAAACGAGAAUGGAUUAAAUUUGCUGCAGCCUGUAGAGAAGGGGAAGAUAAUUCAAAGAGGAAUCCAAUUGCAAGGAUCCGAUCAGAUUGUGAAGAAACUCAGUCACUUAUAUACAGAAUCUCUGGAGUAGGAAUUGAUCAGCAUCCCGUUGGAGUGUUUAUCAUUAAUCAAAAGACUGGGGAAAUUAAUAUAACAAAAAUAGUAGACCGAGAGGAGACACCAAUGUUUGUUAUUAAGUGCUUUGCUAUAAAUGUUGUGACCGGACAAUCAGUGGAAACACCACUUGACCUUCGAGUCCGGAUUCUGGAUGUAAAUGACAAUUCACCCAUAUUUACACAAAGUGUGUUUUCAGGGUCAAUUUCAGAGGGCAGCAUGGACAACACAUUGGUGAUGAAAAUAACUGCUACAGAUGCAGAUGAGCCAAAUAACCUGAAUUCCAAAAUUGCCUUCAAGAUUGUGAGUCAAAAUCCUGGAGGUCCAUCAAAGUUUAUUUUGAACAAACAGACUGGAGAACUUCACAUUGCAAAUAUCCUUGACAGAGAGGAACAUGCAAGCUACAGUCUGGUUGUGAGAGCUACAGACAGGGAUGGAGGUCCAGAUGGAAUAUCAUCUGAAUGUUCCUGCGAGGUUUCUGUAACUGAUGUAAAUGAUCAGUUUCCAACGUGUGCACAGAGCUCGUACGCAAUUACCAUUGUAGAAAAUACACUCAAUCAAGAGGCUCUGAGAAUACAAGUUUUUGAUUUAGAUCAAGAGUAUACAGAUAAUUGGUUUGCAGAAUUUUAUUUUAUCUCAGGAAAUGAAAAUGGCAACUUUGACAUAGUCCUAGACAGAGCAACUAACGAGGGUAUCCUGAGGGUUAUAAAGGAAAUUAACUAUGAAGAAUUUUCAAGCAUACCACUGAGUAUUGGUGUGCGAAACAUUGCUCCUUUCCAUUCUUCAGUGGCUUCACAAUAUCAAUAUUCAGCGGCUUCUCAGGGUACCCCAAUUACAGUACAAAUAACCAAUGUAAUGGAAGGACCAGCAUUUUAUCCAACUUCAAUAAAAGUGUCUGCACCUGAAAGCUUAACGACUAAAACUAUACUUACCUAUGACGUUGGAACAUUCCAAGCUAUCGACCAGGAUACUGGGAAAAUUGCCACUAACGUCCGCUACGUCAUGGGACGUGAUCCAGCCGCCUGGUUUCGAGUCAACCCAACAACUGGCGCCAUCUCUUUCAACAAAGUGAUUGAUCGGGAAUCAAUCUAUGUAGUCAAUGGGGUAUACUCUGCAGAGCUGCUAGCUAUUACUAGAGACAGUCCUUUCACAACAGCUACUGGUACCAUUGUGCUUACUAUUGAUGAUGUCAAUGACAACUGCCCUACUGUAACAGACGAAAUCAGAAGAGUAUGUGUGGACAAUCCAACAGCGGUAAUCACAGCUCACGAUCUAGAUGGCCAUCCAUAUGGUCCACCUUUUAAAUUUACAAUAGUGGCACAGUCUCCAGGAAGUUCGUGGAACAUCAGAAUAGUGAAUGAUACCUCGGCAGCACUGUUCUCCCAGGAUAUAGAAUUUGUCAUUCAUGAGGUCCAAGUUAGAGUGUUCGACAACAGUGGCAGAAGCUGUGAUAGGCCACUGGUUAUUCCUUUGCAAGCCUGUCAUUGUGACCGCAAUGGGAACUGUGUCAAGUCUGCCACUCGAAGAAUCACUGUUACUAUUAUUGGUGGUGGUGCUGGUGGAGGAGGUGGAGGUGGUGGUGGUGGUGGUGGUGCUGGUGCUGGUGGAGGAGGAGCAGGAGGAGGAGGAAUGGCAGGAGGGGGAGGAAUUGGCGGAGGAGGAAUUGGCGGAGGAGGAACUGGCGGAGGAGGAACUGGUGGAGGAGGAACUGGGGGAGAAGGAACUGGAGGAGGAACCGGUGGGGGAGCAGGCAGCUGGGGAGGAACAGGAGGAGGAAGAGAUGACGGAACAGGAGGAACUGGUGGUGGCACUGGUGGUGUUAUUGAUUAUGGUGAUGGUGGCACUGGUGGUUAUGGUGGCUAUGGUGGCUAUGGUGGUUAUGAUGGUUGGGGCAGACAAGGCGGCGCAGAAACUACACUUAGUGCUACAGCCAUUGGCCUGAUGUUCCUCGGAGGACUAAUAUUUGUGUUGGUUCCAAUUCUGAUGUCACAGAGUGACUGUUGUGGCUAUUGUGGAUCUGGUCCUACUGGUGGCGUUGGGGCUGGAUUUGAGCCUGUGCCUGAAUGUUCAGAAGGAGCUAUUCAUUCAUGGGGAAUUGAAGGAGCACAGCCUGAAGACCGGGACGUUUCAAAUAUUUGCGGGCAAGUAGCAAAUACAGGCAUGGGUGACUAUGGUGACUCCUCAGAUAUCUAUGCAACUAAGUAUAAAGGUGGAGUGAGUACAGGAGUUGAAGAAACAAUCGGACUCGGAGCAGUUAAAGGCUAUGGAACGAAUGUUGAUUAUGGAACUACUACAGGCUAUGGAACAACAGGAAGAAAAGAAGCAUAUGGAGGGACCAUAAAAGAAUACAGAGAGAGUGGCGUGAAUAUGGCUUUCUUGGACAGCUAUUUUUCGGAGAAAGCGUUUGCCUAUGCUGACGAAGACGAAGGCAGACCUGCAAAUGACUGUCUCCUGAUAUAUGAUCAUGAGGGUAUAGGCUCUCCUGUUGGUUCCAUUGGCUGUUGCAGUUUUAUUGGUGAUGAUCUGGAUGACACCUAUCUAGAUACACUGGGACCUAAGUUUAAGACCUUGGCAGAAAUCUGCCUGGGUGUGCAAAUUGAGCCAUUCCCAGAUACUGACUCGAAUUGGCCAUCUUUGCCCAAUCCUGAUCUCGAUAUAAGCCUGCCACCGCCUGGAACUACCAUCGUUGUUAAUACAUCUUCAACUAUGACUCCACCUCCUCCUGUUGGCAGCACGACGGUUGUUACUGAAAAUACCUACACAACUACUUCUGCUGUACAGCCUCCAAGGCCUGAUCCUAUGCUCCAAGGCAAUGUAGUGGUGACUGAGACGUAUACAACGGGGCCAACAAUGAAACCUCCUACAAUGAAUGUCGAUCCUCUGUGUGGAUCAAAUGUUGUGGUAACAGAAAGGGUGCUUGCUCCUGGCGCGGUCACUGAUUUGCAUGGCAUGAUAGAUAUUCCAGAGCUACCAGAUGGGUCCAAUGUGGUGGUCACAGAAAGGGUGAUUGCUCCAAAUGCAAGGAUGCCCCCUUCCAUGAGUAUUCCUGACCUGUCUGAGGGGUCAAAUGUAGUGGUGACGGAAAGAGUGAUUCGACCUGUUGCAGGCAUGCAGGGCAAUUUGAGCAUUCCUUCUGAGUUAUCAGGUGGACGCAAUGUGGUUGUUACUGAAAGAGUAGUGUCAGGGGCAGGAAUGAGUGGAGGCAUUGGUGGCAUGAGUAGCAUCCCUUCUGAGUUAACAGGUGGACGCAAUGUAGUUGUUACUGAAAGAGUAGUGUCAGGGGCAGGAAUGAGUGGAGGCGUUGGCGGCAUGAGUGGCAUCACAGGUCCAAUGCUGAGUCCCGAUAAUCUCCUUAGCCAAACAAUAGGAUCCGCUUCUCCUGGUACGAGUCGAAGGCGGGUGACAAAAUACAGCACUAUUCAGUAUUCGAAUCAAUAAGGCCUCUUGCAAUUACAUAUUGCUGCAAAACUCCCUUUUUUAAAAAGAGAGAUUUGCCACUGAACAAUGUUAUUAUUUAUACAUAGCAAAUCACAUGGGGGGGGGGGAGAGACUCGCCUGAAAACCUCUUAAAGCUAUGCAGACCAAAAAGGAAAUGCAGAAUCACUGCCAAUAUAGGACCACUCUAGCACCCUGCCCACCCCCCAUCCACAAAUGGCAGUGAAUAUAAUGCAGCAGCCAAUGGCACAGACUUUUAAUACAUCAUUGGUGUUGUAGAGCAUUGUGGGUCCAUCGUGGUGCCUUCCUAAUGUCAUUUGCUAAAAACACUCUGUGUUUGCUCGCCACAUUAUUCAGUUGUUUUUACCAGCCUGGAAAGGAAAUGGAAUUGUGCUCAAGGUGACUUUUAGGAACAGAUCCCUUUAGGAACACUGGCCGGACUGUUUCACUCAGUUUUGGAACUGCUUGGUGCAUUUCAUAGUGCUUGCAUAGAAUCUCUUCCAAGUAGUAACUUCAGAUGCAAUGCACAGUUCAACUCUCUAGCUGGCAAACAUGAAGGCGCUAGGUAACAAAGUGAGGGAAAGGGGAAAGAAACGAAAUACAUCAACUUUCGUAUGACAGACUGAAAUCCUGAGUGAUAUCGCAGUCAGAAUGGCAGGCUCUUGUGAGCUCUUUUAAGGACAACACACAGCCCUAGCAGCAGAGGAUUCCAGGUUGUAUCUGGUUUAAGCAAAAUUAUUACAGGUCAUUGCAAUAUUGAUGAAUGAUGCAUGUUUAAGACCCCAUUGCAUGCCAUCAGUUCUCAGAACAUAUCAGCCACUCUUUAUGACUUUGUAUAUGAUGAAUACAAACUCUUCCUGGCCAGCUACAGGAACCACUCUGGACAUGAAACAAUUACCUUUCUGACAGUAUACAUUACCACCCCUCUACUUAGUUUCCUAUAGAGCUUAAACUGCAUGGCAUACUGGCAGAAGGAACAACAUACUUGGGGGGAAAUGAUAACAAGCCAAGAGCACAGGUACGACUAAGCAAGCCUGUUGUAUCAUAUCUCGAAAGCAAAUUUGAUUAUUGAAUGGUUUCUCUCUGAAGAAACCUGCUCUGAUAAAUCUGUAUUUUGACAAAAGCUUAACAUCUCCAGCUAAAUAUUUGCUAUUAACUUUUUCAAGCUGCUGCCAAAACCCUAAAACUGAAAUCCUAUGCCUGCCAUGGAGUAAGUCCCCACACUGAACCAUGGACUAUUCGUGGAACAAGCAUAAGAUUGCACUGCUACCCAAAUCUUUUCUAUGUUGUUUACUGCUUUCAUUGAAGCUUAAAUGCACACAAAGCUGAGUCAAUAAAAUACUGAAAAUAUAGACUAUAUUGGCCAGGAUCCAAAGAGCUUCUUCAGGAAUGCCAAAGGGAACCCGCUUGCAUGCACCCAGUAGAACAUUGGGCUUUUCUUUCUUUCAUCAUCAUAUCCCUAUGCUGUAUCACAAACUAACACUUUAUAUAUGAUCAUGAAGGUAAAUGCACAUCUGUUGGUUCCACUGACAGUUACACGUUUAUUGGAGAUGUGGCAUAGGGUGCUUCACUGGGCAUGCAAAGGCCCUAGAAAAGUUCUUUGGGUUCUGGCUCACAUGCUUAGUUAUUUACCAUAUGUAAGCCGAAAGUAACUGCAGCAUCGACAACAUGCUCUGUAAUGUAAAUAUAUUUGUUCUUUUCAAUUAUUGUUUCCCACCCCACCCCCCUUCAUAUUAUAAUACUCUGUUCUCUUUACCUUGGAAGUGCCUUGAUUAUAUUUGGUAGACAUCUAAAGAAAUUUAAGGACCUUGGCUUUUAUGGCUGCUUAAAGGUGCUCCCAGUGUUUCGUUACCUUCUGUUGUUUUAUAAAUGUGUGUAGUGGAACAGCCAGAAAAUGAAAAGUUUCCAAUUAGCAAUAACGGUGCCUUGGAUUAACCUCAUUGACCACCAUACCACCACUGUCAUGUCAAAAUGUCAGUACAGGACCCAUUUCUAAUGAAGCUCCUGCAACAUUAUUUGGUCCUCAUAUUUGACUUUCCUUAUGUUACAAAGUCAUUCCACUUCAGCCAUUUACUGGCUACUUCUCAACACAGGUUUUUAAAACAUCAGAAACAGAACUUACUUUCUCUUUGUAUUUCUUUGGAUCUAUUCAGUUUCAGUAGCUUUCAGCACUUACAAGGGCAAAUGUUCACUAAAAAUUUUAGACCAGUUUAACUAUUAUGGUGUCACCCAAAGAAUCCUGGGAAUUAUAGCUGGGUAGGUGGCCUGAGAAUUCACUAUUAGAGCUCUAUGACACAAAACUACUGAUUCAAUAAUUCCUUGUAGGAGCAAAUAUAUGGUCAUUGUGAGUGCAGUUAUGCCCACAGUCAGAGACAGUCUCCAUUUUGGCAUAUUUCAAUUGUACAAGAUAGUUCCAUUCUGUCCGAAUAAUUAUGUUGUAUUUAAAAUAUUUAGUUGGCUAUUAAUUUUGAUUUGGUUAUGAUUACUUAUAAAUGUAAAUAACCAUUGCUGCUGAGCAGUCUUCAUUCAACCCACAAUUGUACACAUGAGGAAGCCCCGAAGAAGCUAAACUUCAAGGCAACUCUUUCUCUUUUGUGUGUUAACAACACGGACUGCCAGUAACAAAUAAGAUUCUCUAAAGUAAGAAACACGCACUCAUUUGAUAAUAGACAUCAGCACAUAGGUGUUUUUAUUUUUCAAAACGUACUUCCUUACACAAUUUAUUUUAAGCUGGUCUAAAAUAUUAGUUCCCUAGAAUUGCAUGGCUGUAAUUAGCACAGUCACUUUUCACUCUUCUCUUCAUGUUUAUUGAAACUACUGUCUGGGAAUAAAAAUAAUCCUAAUACAAAACCUUUUUUUAAUGAAAGAAGGGUUUGUUUGUUUGUUUUUGUCCGUCUAUAGUACGAUGCACUGAUACGCCUUAGAAAUGAACUGUUUAAUACUUAGCAAACAUAGGCUUUAACACUUGCUUUUUCACUUAUCACCUAGCAAUAACAUUGCCCUUCAAGUACCCAAAGCACUUGUUAGUAAUAACCCCUAUUGUUGUUUUCUGCUGUGAUCGGGUUUUGUUUUGUUUUUUUUUAAGAAUUGCUUUGUUUGUGAAUAAACUACUGAAGCUCUGUGGUUACAAUAAACUGGCAGACAAGCUUAUAUUUGAAGAUGUAAAAUAAUAUUCGGUUUAAUAAAAACUUCUGGCCAAA